AGUAACAAACAGGAAGAAAGUCUGAAUCAAACUCAACUGGACAGAAGCAGUUUGACAACAUUUUUAAGUGAUUUCAGAAGCUUGAGCACAAAAUCAUCUCUCUGAUGAAGAAAGAGCUGAAGAGCUUCAAGAGACUACUGAGCCCAGAUUCCCCAGCAUGCUCUGAGAGAGAGGAGGAGGAUGAUGAAGGUCAGAGAAGAGUCAGAGAGGGGCUUCUGAAGAUCACACUGGACGUCCUGAGGAAGAUGAAGCAGACAGAUCUUGCUAACACACUACACACCAGUAAGAGUCAUGUGACUAUUACAUCACUUAAGGUUCAGAGGAAACAAACAGUGGGCAUUAUUCAUCAUGAAACACAAUCAGAACAAAUUUCUAAAUUAUGACAUUUGUUGCGUUCAAUUCAAUGCAGCAAUUUAUGUACUAAAGGAAACAUAAAUAAUAUUCAACAACAUUUAAUCAUGAAGCCUUUUUUGUUCAUCUCAUGUUAAUGUUCAGGGAGUUAUCUUCCUUUAUUUAUUUGAGUUGUCUCAUGGAAUUUAUGAUUUUACAUGGUGAUCUGUAAUUUGUAUAUGUAUAAAUACUGAGUCCAUAAAUACUUGCCCCUUUAUGUCUGAAAAAACACAACUCCAGACUAAAUGAUCAAUUUAAGAGAAUUAAUGUAGGAAUCUCAGAUCAUGGAAGCUCAACACUUGUGAAUGAGAUCUUCACAGAUCUGUACAUCACAGAGGAAGGGAGUGGAGAGGUCAAUAUUCAACAUGAGGUGAGACAGAUUGAGACAACAUCCAGUAGACCAGAGACACAGGAAACACCAAUCAAAUGUAAUGACAUCUUUAAAGCCUUACCUGGACAAGACAAACCCAUCCGAACUGUGCUGACUAAAGGAGUUGCUGGCAUUGGAAAAACAGUCUCUGUGCAAUAGUUCAUUCUGGAAUGGGCUCAAGGAAAUCAAGGGGAAUCUGCUUCCUUCUGCUCUGCUCUGGGUAACCUCUCGACCAGCAGCAGCCAAUCAGAUUCCUCCUGAGUGUGUUGACCAGACCACAGAUGUACAAGGGUUCAAUGACCCUCAGAAGAACGAGUAUUUCAGGAAGAGAAUAAAUGAUGAGAGUCUGGCCAAUAGAAUCAUUACACACAUGAAAUCAUCAAGAAGCCUGUACAUCAUGUGUCACAUACCAGUCUUCUGUUGGAUUUCAGCCACUGUCCUUAAGAGACUGUUGAAUGAAGCAGAGCAUGCAGAGAUCCCCAAGACUGCUCACACACUUACUGAUCUUUCAGACCAAACUGAAGACACACAAGUAUGAUGGGAAAUGUGAGGUGGACCUUCAGCAGGCUAGAAAGAGUAUUCUAUCACUGGGAAAGCUGGAAAAAGGGAACCUGAUCUUCUAUGAGGAGGACCUGAGAGAGUGUGGCACUGAUGUCAGAGAAGCGUCAGUGUACUCAGGAGUUUGUACCCAGAUCUUCAGAGAGGAGUUUGGACUGUAUCUGGGGAAGGUGUUCAGCUUUGUGCAACUGAGCAUUCAGGAGUUUCACGCUGCUUUAUUCAAGUUUCUGAGAAACAAGUCAAGAAUGAGUGAUUUCCUGAAGAGUGAAGUGGACAAGGCCUUACAGAGUGAGAACGGACACCUGGACCUUUUCCUCCAAUUCCUUCUGGGUCUCUCACCGGAGUCCAAUCAGACAAUCUUACGAGAUCUUCUGGCACAGACAGGAAGCAGCUCUGACAGCAAACAGGAAAUAGUUAAGUACAUUACGAUGAAGAUCAGGGAGAAUCUCUCUCCAGAAAAAUCCAUCAAUCUGUUUCACUGUCUGAAUGAACUCAAUUAUCAUUCUCUAAUGCAGGAAGUCCAAACAUACCUAAGCAGCACAGGUGAAUCUGAAGCCAAAUUGUCUCCCUCUUAUUUGUCAGCUUUGGCUUUUGUAUUUCUGAACUCAGAAGAGGAGCUGGAUGUGUUUAAACUGAGUAACUAUAACACUAUGUAACACAAUUUUUGUUCCUGGGUAGUAAGUGUUAUUUCCUAUUUGCUUAUGCCUCAAAAGUAUAGAAAAUGGCUAUUAUUCCCCACAAACUUUGCUUUUGUG